AUGGCUGAGGAACAGAAGACCCCCAUUGCCAACGUUGAGGCAGAGAAGGACGUCCAGAAUGUGCUUGCUGAGCUGAAGGAGGGCGCCGCUUCCGAAAAGCCCACUGAGGACGCCGACGAGGCUCGCAUUGUCGCUGAAGCUGCCAAGCUCGGUGAGAAGUCGGAGCAGUCGGAGGAGAAGGCUUCUGCUAAGCCUGAGCGCGAGACCCGUAACUUCCAGCGCGGUGGCCGCUUCGGUCGUGGUGGUGCCCGCAACAACGCCAAGUUCGAUCCCUCCACCCAGGAGGAAACCGACGACCCGGUGCAGAUCCGCAAGCAGGUUGAGUUCUACUUCUCCGACUCCAACCUCCCCAUGGACAAGUUCCUGCUCUCCAAGGUCGGCGGCAGCGCCAACAACUCUGUCCCACUUGAGCUCCUGCACUCCUUCAAGCGCAUGCGCCGCUUCCAACCUUUCAGCGCUAUCGUUGAGGCUCUCAAGACCGCCGAGACUGUCGAGCUGACCGACAACGACACUGCCGUCAAGCGCAAGGUUCCUCUCCCCGAGUCGGUUAACGAGCACGACUCUAGCGCCGUCAAGGUGUAUGAGGAUGCCACCAUGGCCCGCAGCAUCUACGUCAAGGGCUUCGGUUUCGGAGAGGAGGAGCCCACCACUCAGCUUGAUAUCGAGGCUCUCUUGCCCCCUACGGCCCCGUCAACGCCAUCCGGUUCCGUCUUCGUUGAAUUCGCCGACGAGGACAAGCAGAAGGCCUUCCUCGCUCUCGAGGAGAAGCCCCAGUACAAGGGCAAGGAGCUCACCUACAAGAGCAAGAAGGACUACUGCGACGAGAAGGUCGAGCAAAUCAAGGCUGGCAAUGUCUACCCCAGCCAGGGCCGCAACAACAACAACAACUCUCGUGGUGGCCGUGGUGGACGUGGUCGCGGCGGUCGUGGCCGUGGCCGUGGCGGUCGCGAUGGCGGUGACCGCAAGGAGCGCGACUGGCGUGAUCGCCGCUCCGAGGACCAGAAGAACGGCUUCCAGGCUCCUCGUGAGGCCCAGAAGGAUUCUCGUGGUGUCCCCGUGGUGCAGAGCACCCAGAAGCGUUCCCGCGAGGACGAGGGCGGCAACGACCAGCCCGCCAAGAAGGUCGAUGCCAAGGAGUAA